AUGGCGUUGGACAACUACUACCGCAACAAGAUUGAGGGCAUGAAGCUCGAGAUCAUCCAGGGCCAAGCAGUUCUUCGAAGAUUAGAGGCUCAGCGCAAUGACUACAACUCCCGGGUGCGUCUGCUGAGGGAAGAGCUUGGCUUGCUUCAGCAACCCGGCUCGUAUGUCGGCGAAGUCGUCAAGGUGAUGAGCACCAAGAAGGUGUUGGUGAAGGUGCACCCAGAAGGAAAAUACGUGGUGGAUAUCGCCGACGGCGUCGACAUUGCAAAGCUCACCGUGGGCAAGCGAGUCGCCCUCCUUUCCGACUCCUACAAACUGGAGAAGAUGCUCCCAUCCUCCGUCGACCCGCUCGUCUCGCUGAUGAUGGUGGAGAAGGUUCCCGACAGUACAUAUGACAUGAUCGGAGGUCUGGACCAACAGAUCAAGGAAAUCAAGGAGGUGAUCGAGCUCGGUCUCAAGCACCCAGAGCUCUUCGAGUCUCUUGGUAUCGCACAGCCCAAGGGUGUCCUACUCUACGGUCCCCGGGUACCGGAAAGACAUUGCUGGCACGAGCCGUGGCCCAUCACACCGACUGCCGUUUCAUUCGGUCGCAUGGUGCGAGAGUUGUUCGUCAUGGCUCGUGAGCACGCGCCCAGUAUCAUCUUCAUGGAUGAGAUUGAUAGCAUUGGAUCUAGCCGGAUAGAUUCUGCUGGUGGUGGUGAUUCGGAGGUGCAACGGACGAUGUUGGAGUUGCUGAACCAACUGGAUGGUUUUGAGCCGACUAAGAACAUCAAGAUUAUUAUGGCUACCAAUCGACUGGAUAUUCUGGACCCGGCGCUUCUGCGACCAGGGCGUAUUGAUCGCAAGAUCGAAUUCCCCCCCUCCUUCGUGAGUCCCCUUUUCCCCUUCUGUGGUGUUUAUACGAUCUUUUUCAGAGGAUCAAGUGCUAAUCAUGAUCUGAUCUGCAGGGUCGAGGCUCGUGCCGAUAUUCUACGAAUCCACUCCCGAUCGAUGAACCUGACACGCGGAAUCAACCUUACCAAGAUUGCGGAGAAGAUGAACGGGUGUUCGGGAGCCGAGUUGAAGGGUGUCUGCACGGAGGCUGGUAUGUACGCGCUGCGUGAGCGACGAGUGCACGUUACACAGGAGGACUUUGACCUGGCGACGGCCAAGAUUCUCAAUAAGCAUGAUGACAAGGAGGUGGCCGUGUCUAAAUUGUGGAAGUAG